AUGAGCAGUGACUCCGAGCUGCAAGACUCAGCGUCCGAAAGCGGCCCUACAGAUACAGUGGGAUAUGGGCCUCUGAGCGCGCCGUGUGCAAUGGUCUCGAUUAAGGUCAAAGGGGGGCAUACCUUUUGCAUCCAUAGAGACGUGCUAAUCGAGCAAUCGGAUACCUUCGCUCAGGUCCUGGACGGGCCAUUCAGUGAGGGACAAACGAAUUCAAUUGAUCUCGACGACAUCUCGGUCCAGGAAUUCGGUGACUACGUCAGCGUCAUGUACCCUUUGGCCCUCCACAGGGGUCAUACGACGUUGCAGGACGUAUGGCCACUCGAUCGUGGCGGGGAUCCUCUUCAUCAUCCUUGGCCGCGGAUUUUGUUCCUUUGGCAACUGGGAGACCGCUUCCGCAACGAUAGAGUCAAGGAGAUUGCAGAGGAAGAACUUCAUGCGAAAGGCCGUGGCUAUUCAGUCCGUGAUUGGCAGCGAAUGUACGAGCGCAGGUCGGAAACAAGUUUGAAAGCGAAGAUGCUCGACCUGCAAGACGCCUUUCGACUGUGUUUAGACAAUGGUCAACCAUUCGAAUGGUCCUUCGUCACAGCCGCCAGCAAUGCUCCGCCCCAGGUUUUUGCCGCGUGCGUGGACGAUCUGCAGGACGACUUGUUCAGGUCGGAAGUGACGAAGGCUUUUGCUUUGCGAUUCGCUGAUCCGGCAUCCACGAUCAAGAAGAGGCGAAGAGAGGAAGAGAAGAAGAACGAGUGUCGGGAAAAGAAACUGAAGACAGAGAACUGA